CAAGAACCCUGUGCCCUCCUCACAACUCCUUCGAAGAAAACAGACACAAUCUGCUCCUCUUCCAACAGAAAACCCAUGGCUUCACCAGCACUCCUAACCCCAGCUUCCAAGCUCAAACCCCUCUCCCCCAUCAAACCCAACUCCAUCGCCCCACUUUCACCACCGCCAACACCACAGCAGCAGCAACCUCAAAACCACCACGCACGUCGCCACUUCCUGUCCUUGGCCACCGCAAUCCUGACUUCCCCGUUUGUCCUCCCAAUCACUCCAGCUUUUGCAGGAUCGGAUGAGGAGUACGUGAAAGAUACAGAGGAUGUGAUCAACAAGGUUAGAACCACCGUAAACAUGGACAAGAACGAUCCGAACGUGGCUGAUGCAGUGGCUAACCUAAGAGAAACUUCAAACUCUUGGGUGGCAAAGUAUAGAAGAGAGAAAGCUUUGCUUGGUCGUGCUUCUUUUCGUGAUAUGUAUUCGGCUUUGAAUGCUGUCACCGGGCAUUACGUCAGCUUUGGACCGACCGCUCCCAUUCCAUCUAAGAGAAGGGCCAGAAUUCUUGAAGAGAUGGACACUGCUGAGAAAGCAUUAUCAAGGGGCAGAUAAAUUAAUUAAUUUAGAUUUUGCUUUUGGGUAUUUAUUUAACUUUUAUCUGAAUUUUAAUUACUUUAAUUUGUUGAGUUUGAGAUUACACAA